AAUUCUUCAGAACUCCCAUAUACUCGAGCUACAUUUAAACGAGUUACAUAGCUCUUUCUUUAAAUCAAGACUAGAAAAGGUGGGUAUGAUAUUUGAGUGUUUCAAUAGCUAUUGUUCGGAAUUGUUUUCGUCAGUGGAGUGCAGAGAACAACAUAUGAUUAAUUGUCACGAUUAUCCUCAAGGUUUUGAUUUCAACGGGCUACUUCAUGGUCGCCACAAAGAAUAAAAGAAACUACUCACACUACUGAGCUUUUCUCUCUUCUACUUGGGCCAAACUCACUGUGCUCGCGAACAUUGUGUAAUCUCCGACUGUUGACCGACUAUUGACAAGACAUAUUACGGCUGAUAAGUAGUUUGUCUGCCAAAAUAAAAAACGGUGUCAUUUGAGCAUGAAUAAUAAAUAAUAGGCUGCAAGUACGAACAGCGAAUUUAUACUAAAAGAACUUGUUAUAGACAGAAUUUUAGUGAUUACAGGCUAAACCUUUUUUAUAUACCAUUGAACGGAUACCAAAUAUUGAAAAAUGGUGAGUGAUUACCAUGAUUAAUUCGCAUUCAUAGAAGCUAACGCAGUUUUAGUCCGGAAUUCAAAGUUUAUUGAAAACUGAAAAAGAAGCACAGGAGAUUGUAUCUCAGGCAAGGCAAUACCGCGCACAAAAACUAAAAGAUGCCAAAUCUGAUGCACAGAAGGAAAUUGAACAGUAUAGGUUGAAGAAAGAAGCGGAACUCAAGAAAUACGAAGAAGAAUUUCAGGGUUCGAAUCAGAAACUUGAAAAGGAAGCUGAAGAGCAGAUCAAAGAUGAGCUUGCAAACAUCAAGAAAACUUGUGAAAGUAAAAAGGAGAACGUCAUCAAGCUUCUCAUUGACGCUGUUAUUUCUCCCAAACCUGAACUUCAUAUCAAUGCCAGACAAUAGUUCAGUCCAGAAGGAAAAUGGGAAUUUAAAUUACACCCACUGUUCGAUCGUUGUCAAGAAGAAAAUCGGCAGUCAAGUUUUAGCAUUUGUAACUAAGGUGAGUAACUACCGCUCUUUAGCCUUUACUAAAGGGUGACGAGUGCAAUUGUUAUUGAAUGCUCAUGUCUUGUAGUAAAAUAUCGAUGCAGUGGUAGUUUAGUUGUCUCACCAAAAGUGGCGAUCACCAACUAAUUUUUAUAAAAUUACAGUAUUUGGCUAUUGUCUGUGCAAGAUCAUAGAUAAUUUGAUGAUUCCAGAAGCUGAGUACCCGGAGUCUGAAUUGAAAAAGUACAAGAUUCUGAUUUCGGGGGAUACCACAAGCGACCAAGAUUCCUCCUUUCACUAUACUAAAGAUGGUGGACAGGCACAAGUCGUAAAAGUCAAAAAAACCGUCAAAAAGAUUCAAACGACUAAUACAGCAUCAACACUACUUCGAAGGCACAUUUCAGAGAGGUCUUGGACUUUGAGGAAUUGGUAUAGACAUAUCCACUGGAAGAAUUUCACGCUAAUUGUUCUCUGUCCGAUCGUAGGGUUGACAUUAUGUCUUUCGUAUAACACAAGACCCUACAAGCAAACACUCUAUUUUGCUGCAUUGCUCCAUUUUUUUACGUUGAUGUCGGUCAAUGUGCUUUAUCAUAGAUACCUCUCACACAGUUCAUUUAACAUUGAAAACGAAAAACUGGUUUUUGUGUUAGCGGCCUUAGCCUCAGGAGCGGGAAUAACCUCUGCGAAAAAUUGGUGUUCGUCUCAUCGUGCACAUCAUAGAUACUGCGAUGUCUCCGAUAAGGAUCCCCACAAUAUUAGAAGAGGUUUUCUAUUCAGUCACUGCGGAUGGAUGAUCAUAAUCCAUAAUCUUAAGGUUUCUAGAGCCAUCAGAGAGAGUAAACUUGACGAACUUCCCAACAAAAAGGUUGUUAAGUGGCAGGCAGAUAAUUAUCUUCUACUAUUUAUUACUGUUGGGCUCAUAAUACCAAGCCUUAUUUGCGGAUGGUUUUGGGACGAUUACAUCGGUGGGUUGAUAUAUGCCGGAUUCUUUAAAACGGCUCUAGUGCAGCACUCUGUCUUUGCAAUUAAUUCCUUUGGUCACACUAUUGGUACUAGACCUUAUAAUGACUGCAAGUCUCCCAGAAACAACGUGCUGCUCAACUUGAUAACAUUGGGUGAGGGGAACUUGAAUUUUCAUUAUGAGUUUCCUAUGGAUUACCGUAAUAGCAACGUUUGGUAUGAAUUCGAUCCUACUAGAUGGAUAAUAAAAUUACUUUGUUAUCUGCAUUGUGUCAAACAUUUGAAAAAGACUUCCAGCUCUACAGUUGAAAUGUCGUAUGUCCAACAACAGCAGAAGUUAAUUGACAACAAACGUUCGCAAUUGAACUGGGGGAUUCCGAUUGAAAGGUUACCAGUAUUCUCUCCUGAUGAAUUUCGAAGACUGGCCGAGAAAUCUAGGAACAGAUAUCUAGUGGUAGUUUCAGGGAUAAUUCAUGAUGUCACUCCUUUUGCAAAAGACCAUCCAGGAGGAUUACCUUUAAUCAAAGCUGCACAUGGCAAAGAUGCCACCACUGCCUUUAAUGGUGCAGUUUAUCAACACUCCAACGCAGCAAGAAAUUUACUAGCUACAAUGCGCAUAGGAGCUUUGGGAGGCUCUGAGACCCUUUUCUGGAAACAACAGCGAAUAGAGAACAAAUCUGUUCCAAUAGAUAAUGACACCGAUGGGAACAAGAUUGUGCGAAGUGGAGCUCAGGAAACUGUGAACAAAGUUUAUGGCGGCACUGCCGAUGCGGCCUGAUUCCAUUCUAAGCUUUCAUAUUUAUUUUGACUUGAUACUCUGAAAAUAGACGAAUUUUAGAGAUCAAUCCAGCCAAUACAUAUAUCGCCGAGAGUAAGGUUUGAUGAAAACAUAAAUAAG